AUCAAUGGUGUAAAUUACACUAAUGAUGCAACUUUGGGAAAUGAUGUAGUUACUUACUUUCAUGAUCUUUUACAAUCUAGACUAGUGGCUCUUCUUGAUGAGCUUCUGAGGCUCUUCCCACAUUGGUUACCUCGAACAAAACCACAUGCUUUUAGAG